AUGAAGCUCUCCAACUCUGUUUUGAUCUCUAUUGCAGCUGCCACUUCUGCUAGUGCUUUGGUGAUCGGUAAAAAUGAAGAUGGGUCUCACAUCGCCGAGGAAUUGACCCAUGAAUCGUCUAGAAACGUUGUUGUCGUUUCGCCUUCCACCAAAAACAAGAACCCAAAAGCGGCCAUCGGAGGUAUCGUUACUCCUAUUAACCCAAACAACAAGGCUGUCUCUGAUGAUGAUGAUGCUCCAGUGUUUUUCACAAACACUCAAGACAGACAAACCAUUCCUCACCGCUACAUGGUUGUUUUCAAGAAAAACGUUAGUCCGGAACAAAUCAGCUUCCACCAAGAAUUGAUCCAAGCUGAACAAGUUUCUGCUGCUGGUAAGUUGUUUGCUCAAGACCCUACCAACCAAUUCUUUGCCACCACUGCUGGCGGUGCCAAUGAUGUUGUUGGUGGUAUUUUACACUCUUUUGAUAUUGAGAAUGUCAUGAGCGGGUAUGCUGGUUACUUUUUGGACUCCACCAUCGAAAUGUUGAAGAAAUCUCCUUUAGUUGAAUUUGUUGAACAAGAUUCCAUUGUUUCAAUCAAGGACUUCGACACCCAGCAUGGUGCCCCAUGGGGUUUAGCCAGAAUUUCCCACAGAGAUUCCUUGAACUUGGGGUCUUUCAACAAGUACGUGUACGAUAAUGAAGGUGGUAAGGACACUUUGACUUAUGUCAUUGACACUGGUGUUUUAGACACCCAUGAAGACUUUGAAGGUAGAGCCAAAUUGAUCGCCGACAUUCCAAAUGACGGUGCCCUUGAUGGCAAUGGACACGGUACCCAUUGUGCUGGUACUAUGGGUUCCAAGACCUUUGGGGUUGCUAAGCAAGUCCACAUUAGAGGGGUUAAAGUCUUGGGUGCCAACGGUAGCGGUAGUAUGAGUGAUGUUGUCAAGGGUGUCGAAGUUGCCACUAAAGAUUACUUGGAACAAAUGAAGAAGAAUCCUAAAUUGAAGGGUGCAUCUGCUAAUAUGUCUCUUGGUGGUGGUAAGUCUCCAUCUUUGGAUAUGGCUGUGAAUGCCGCCAGUCGUGCUGGUUUGGUAUUUAGUGUUGCUGCCGGUAACGAAAACCAAGAUGCUUGUAACAGCUCCCCAGCUUCUGCUGAAUUGGCCAUCACCGUCGGUGCUUCUACUAUCUCAGAUACAAGAGCUUAUUUCUCUAACUGGGGUAAGUGCGUCGAUGUCUUUGCUCCAGGUUUGAACGUUCUCUCCACUUAUAUUGGCUCGAAUAAGGCCUCUGCCACAUUAUCUGGUACUUCUAUGGCUUCUCCACACGUUGCUGGUUUAUUGGCCUACUUUAUUUCUUUGACCCCAGAGUCGUCUUCUGAAUUUGGCUCCGCCACUAAAAUCACCCCAGCCCAAUUGAAGAAGAACUUGAUUGCUUAUUCCACUCCAAAUAAGUUGAGCGAUAUUGGUAACGGCUCUCCAAAUGUGUUGGCUUAUAAUGGUGCUGGUGGCGACUUGUCCGAAUUCUGGGCUAGCGCUCCAUUGGAAUCUCAAUCUGUUGAUUCGUCAAUGGUUCUUUCCGAAGCUAAAGAAAUUACCAAUGCCUUGAUUCAUGAAUUGGAAGCGACUGUUGAAUCUUUGAUUGAAGGUUUGUUGUGA